AGGGAAAAGUUGCAAAAUUAAAUUUUGUGUCCAGCAGCCUCGUGCAUGCCAUCGACGGACUGCGCACGGCACAAGACUUUCCUCGGCCAGACAUUACUCCUUAGACGCCGUCGACGCUGCCCCGAUAUGAUGCGCCUGCUCGCAACCUUGCUGGCCGUGGAAGCGACCUAUCCGGGCCCCCACCGCGGCUACCGGGGCAUGCCCGAGACGGAGCGCAUCGAAUUUUAUGAGAGGAACGGGUAUCGCUGGCCCCCAACCAAAGCGACGCAGGGCUGGCCGCCCGUCGCACGGAAGGAGUCGGCCGCGUACAAAAAGUCCAGGGACGAGAUGGAGGCGUGGAUCCGGCGGAAUUUGACGACGUACAAGGCGACCUGGGACGAGUGGUCCAGCAUGGUUCAAUCUAGGGCGAUGCCCCGCUUCACGGAGAAGGGUUUCGCGGUCGUCGACUAUAGUGAUACGGAGUUCUACAGAGAGCUCAAGGCGCAGUACGAUAAGAACGUGAGGGACCCCGUCGCCUUCUCGCAACUACGAAAGGAGAAGAUGCAGGGCACGGGGAAUGCUCGAUUUUAUUCACAAUCGCAAUUGAACGCAAAGUUGUUGGACGGACUGAGACCGAACCUCGAAGAGUGGAGCGGGAUUGAGCUGCAGAACGGCCAGUCCUACGGCGUCCGCGUCUACGGGGAAGGUUCCACAUUGGUCAACCACAUCGAUAGAUGUGAAACACAUGUAAUUAGCGCGAUCUUCCACAUCGACCACGACCUCGACGAGCCCUGGCCGCUGGAGAUUGAAGACCACGACGGCAAUUGGCACGAGGUCAAACUCUGUGUGGAAAUCAACCAGUGUGUCAGGUGCACUGGUAAUUCUUCACUAAGUCAUUUUGCGGCGAUGACGCGGCCAUGCUGGCUCCGUCGAGCGGUGAGGAACCGGCAUCGCCACGUCAUCGAGCAGGCGUCGUGUCGAUGGCGUGGAGGUCAACGCGACGAUUUAGCACGUACGCGCCGUAAAAUUUUGAUUUUCACACAGGUCAACCUCAAGCCCGGCGAGGUUUGUUAUUAUGAGUCCGCGAAGCAGUACCACGCGCGCUUGCAGCCGAUGCGGGGCCGCGCCUACGCCAGCGUGUUUUUACACUGGUUCCCGGCCCAAAAUUGGAACUGGACGAUGUGGGACGGCCACGUCAUGGUGCCGCCGGACUUUGAAGAGAAGGAGGCGUCGGGCUUCUUCCGGCGGAGGGCCGUCGCGAACGCGGGGCCGCCGCCCUUCCUGCGGCAUUUUGAUGCUUAUUGGUCGAAAAGGGGGCGGCCUUCCCCAUCAUUGCCGCGCGGCGUCGAGAACCCCGUCCAGGAGUACGAGGGCUUCGGCGCGCCGUCGCCGACGCCCGAGGAGACGCAGCGCUUGCGCGUGGUGAAUGCGGCGGCGGCGCGCAAGCACGCGCAGCGGGGGGACGUGGCGGAGCUGCACGCGCUGCUGGACCGCGUGGCCGUCGACUUCUUGGACGACGGCGACGAGAACGGCUGGACAGCUUUACAUGAAGCGGCCCGGAGCGGCCACGCCGACGUCUUGAGGCUCCUCGUCGCCAAGGGCGCCGACGCGGCCAAAAGGACGAAGUACGGCCAGAGCGUCCAUGACAUCGCCCGCGACGCGCACGACGCGGACCACCCGGCCAUGCGGUUCCUGGGGGAGUUGUGA